AUGGGUUCCAUUCCUGCCGAGAUCCGCGGAAGACUGGCUGGCAAGAAUGCCAUCGUCACCGGUGCUGCCGGCGGCAUUGGCCUCGAGACGAGCAUUCUUUUCGCAAAGGAGGGCGCCAGCGUCAUGAUGGCCGACAUCUCUGCUCCCGCGUUGGACAAGGCCAAGGCCAAGGUUCUCCAGCUCGUUCCGUCGGCAAAGGUCGACACAAAGCUCUGCGAUGUCUCCAAGGAGGAGCAGAUCAAGGCCCUCGUCGAGUCGGUCGACCCCUGGGGCGGCGUUGAUGUCAUGUUCAACAACGCCGGCAUCAUGCACGCCCGCGACGACGACGCCGUCAACACCCCCGAGGAGAUCUGGGACCUGACCCAGAACAUCAACGUCAAGGGUGUCUGGUUCGGCAGCAAGCACGCCGUGCUCGCCCUCCGCCGCGCCGGCAAGACCAAGGGCUCCAUCAUCAACACCGCCUCCGUCGUCGCCCUCGUCGGCGCCGCCACCCCUCAGCUCGCCUACACCGCCUCCAAGGGCGCCGUCCUGGCCCUCACCCGCGAGCUCGCCAUGGUCCACGCCCGCGAGGGCUACCGCUUCAACUCGCUGUGCCCCGCGCCCCUCAACACUCCUCUCCUCCAGGACUGGCUCGGCGACGACGUCCCCAAGCGCCUGCGCCGCGAGGUCCACUUCCCCACCGGCCGCUUCGGCGAGGCCAUCGAGCAGGCCCAGGCCGUUCUCUUCCUCGCUUCCGACGAGGCGAGCUUCGUCAACGGCCACGACAUGGUCGUCGACGGCGGCAUGACCAAGGCCUACGUCACCCCCGAGGGCUCCGCGCCGGCCGCCCCCGUCAACAACGCCAGCCGCACCAGCCUCGAGUAA